GAUGUCCCCUGUGUCCCCAGGGACCUGGCGGUGUCCCGGCCCCUGCGGGUGGAGCUGCCGCGCUCCAUGGCCGAGGUGGUGACAAACUGGAACCUGCCCAUGUCCCGCUGGCUGCACACCUACGUGUUCCAGACCGCUCGCUGCCUGGGCACCUUCGCCGCCGUGCUGGGCACCUACGCAGCCAGCGCCCUGCUGCACGGCCUCAGCUUCCACCUGGCUGCGGUGCUGCUCUCCCUGGGCCUCAUCACCUACGCCGAGCACGGUCAGCGCUGGCCCUUUAAGGGGCGGGGCCAGGGGGUGGGGGGGAUUUGGGGGGUCCCUGAAGUUUUUGGUGUCCUACAGACGCUGUGGGUGUGGGGGGUGAACAGGGGUGUUGGGGGUCCCUGCAGAGGUUUUGAGGUCCCUGAGGUUUCUGGGCUCCCGCAGACGCUGUGGGUGCGGGCUCUGAACGGGGCCCUGGGCGCCCUGGCCCUGUUCCACCUGUCCUACCUGGGCGCCCUGUUCGAUGUGGAGGCUGAGGACGCCGUGGAGGAGCAGGGCUACGGCAUGGCCUACACGGUGCGCAAGUGGUCCGAGCUGAACUGGGCCAGCCACUGGGUGACGCUGGGCUGCUGGGUGCUGGCCCGGCUUCUGCGCUGAGGCUCUGCGAGGCCACUGGGAGCCACCGGGGGCAAACUGGGAACACUGGGAGCACCUGGGCACGCCUGGGAGGACCGGGCGCCACAGAGAGCGCGGCCGCUCCGCCCCGCCGGAAGCGCCUCUCGAUGGUCCCAACUUCCGCUCCGGGGGGUUUCCCGCCCUUUCUCGGGCGGAAGUGGCGCCGCGCGGCCGCUCUGGGACUAAUAAAGCCUCGCCUC